ACUGUACGUGAAAAUAUAUUUAGAGAAAACUGCCAGUGUAAAUUAUUUGAAAGGACGUAAAUUCGCAGGGAGAGACCUAUUUCUUCAACAGAUAACUCAUGCAACAUCUAAUAUAUUUACAUCAUUUUUCCUGACCGAUAAAGCUUCUUGAAUGUUUUCGACAGUUUUUCUGUUACUUCAUUUCAAUCAUUGACGUGAACUUUCGGACUCACUUAAGCUAACACCAGACCGUGAUCAUGGCGCUGCAGACCGCCGGGUUUGUGCUCUGUCUGACCGGACUGCAGCUCGUUCACGCCGCGGAUCCUUCAAAUUAUGUGGCCGCUGUGUACGAGCACCGAGUGAUUCUAAACCCGAACCCCAGAGUCCCGCUGGACCGGAGAUCUGCCCUGGAGCACAUGAAGAAGAACCUGCGUGUGUUAGAGGAGCAGACAGCACUGGCAGCACAGCAGGGUGCCCAGAUCAUAGUGUUUCCAGAGGAUGCCAUCCAUGGGUUCAACUUCACCAGAGCUUCUAUUGCUGGUUAUCUAGAGACAGUUCCAGACCCUGAGGUGGUCACAUGGAGUCCGUGUGCUGAUCCAGACCAAUUCCCAGACACUGAGGUCCUCCACAGCCUCAGCUGUAUGGCCCGUAAGAAUCGUAUCUUCGUAGUGGCGAACAUGCCCUCCCGUCAGACCUGUAGCAGAGCCAUAGACCCUCAUUGUCCAGUGGACAGCCAGUAUCAGUUCAACACUAACGUGGUGUUCAGUGACCACGGCACCAUUGUGGCCCGAUAUCACAAACAAAACUUGUACUUUGAAGCAGCGUUUGACACACCACCGAAGAUCGAGUACGUCACAUUCACCACCCCAUUUGCCGGCCGAUUUGGGGUGUUUACAUGUUUCGAUAUUCUGUUUCGUGACCCGGCAGUGACACUAGUGAAGGACAUGGGCAUUAGGCAGAUUGUGUACCCCACCGCAUGGAUGAACCAGCUCCCCCUGCUGGCCGCCGUGCAGUUUCAGCGCUCAUUUGCAUAUGCGGCCGGCGUUACGCUGUUAGCUGCUAACAUCCGAGCUGCUGAUUUUGGCAUGACUGGUAGCGGUAUUUUCACGCCUUGGGACUCUCUUAUUCAUCACGAUGCAAAGGGGAGUUCUGGGAAAUUGCUAGUGCGUACAGUACCAGUGCUUGACCCAACGUUUAGGGGGAAAGGGGUGGACGACGUGAGGUGUACAAUUUCGCCAUUUUCUGGUUAUCGACAAAAGAAUCAGGGUUCGAAAGAGCUAGAAAAGACGCAGAUGUUGCCAACAAGCAGCUUUGACAGAAAACAAGGCGAUUUUGAGACUAAACUCUGCCAUAAAGACCCUGAUUGUAUAGAAAGAGGAUUAUCUGAGAAUCCCACAACUUUUAGCUCCAUAAUGAUGUACGAUAAUUUCACUCUGGUCCCUCUACUGGGCAAUAAAGGGAACCUCAGCGUUUGCAGUGGCUCCCUCUGCUGCCACCUGCUGUUCCGGAGGUCAGUCACACCCGAGUUUUAUGCUCUAGGGGUGUUCAAUGGGCUCCAUGUGGUACAUGGGACAUUUUACCUGGAGGUUUGCACCCUGGUCAAGUGCACGGGUCUGGAGCACAGCAGCUGUGGUGGAGAGACUGAACAUGCUCAUACGCUGGUGGAUUUCAGGCUAGAGGGAACGUUUACAACUCGACAUGUAUUUCCAGGGAUUCUGGGUAGCGGGAUGACUCUGGAGAUUCCAGAUCAUUCUGGCUGGGAGAGCGGAGACCGGUUUUACAUGAGCCGAACAGGCAUGUCCUCCGGGCUUGUGACGGCAAUGAUGUAUGGGAGACACUAUGAAAGGGACGGUGUCUAAAAACACAAACGUCUGUUGAAUACUGACUGUAGUACACUACACCUGAUAUUAAUAAAAAAUUACGUCACAUUAAAGGGGCUCUGUACUACAA